CCUUGACAGGGAGCCUUGCGGGCCCUAGUUAUACAUGGUGUCGUGGCGGCCUCCGGCCGUUGUGCUGUAAUCCUUCUCUUGAGACUUCAUUAUGACUGGGGGGCGGUUCGCGCGUCAAGUGCCACGCGUGUCCACCUUGUCAUUGUUUAAACAGAGGGCCGCGUCAUUUCUGCUUCGCCCGUUUUCAGGCCACGAUCGAGGAGCCCUUCCUAUAAGUAUAUAUAAGGGACCACCCUCCACCGUCCAAAAGAAAGAAAGCGAACUGGAAGAGCAGCAUAUAAACCCCAAAACCCACCGUCGCCAUCACGAUCCAGAUCAUCACCGCAUCAACUCAAGCCCUUAAAAAGGACGCCACACCGACGGUUCGCCCUUGCAUUAGCGAACAGCAGACUGAAACGCAAAUACAAUACCGUUACGGUCGAAUCCGCCAACGCUACGGCCAUGCCGAACUGGAGCACGCUUCCCGCUCUUGAGCACGCCGUCAAGGAGCGCAGCGGCGCCGUGCCGCCUGCGCAACAGGUCGACAUCGAGACCCUGGAGCAGUACGAGAAUGUCCGCAAGAAUGUGACGCAGAUGGAGCAGGCACUGGCCUUUGACUUUGCCUGCUCCGCCAAGGCUGGUCAAAAAGAGCGCGACGCGAACGCAAUCAUGCAGCUGCUGCGCCAAAACGACAAGGAGCUCUUCGAGCGCGCUCCGCCCAGGAAAGGCUACCAAAACCAGCCGCACAAGCGGCACCCCAGCGACCACCAUCUUACCAACCUGGACCUCGUGGAGAAGACAGAAAUCUUUCAGGUGGCCCGCAGGAUGCCAAAGGGCGCACACCUACACAUCCACUUCAACUCAUGCCUCGAGGCAACAUUCCUGCUGGGCUUGGCAAAGGACCAGGAUACGAUGGAUAUCGGAAGCAAUAGGGCACUGAUGGAGGCAGCCGACCUCGAAGAGUGUGAAAUACAAUUCACCAUCCGGGGAGAGCUCGGCACCCGGGCCGAAGGCCCUCGGAAAGGGAUUCGGCGGGCCUGGACUAGGAAGUUCAUUGGGAACCCGCCAAAGCCCCCAGUUCUGGUGAACUUGUUCGACAAGGAAAAUUUCGAUCAGAGCGAGGAGCCAGCCGACAAGAUACGUUGGAUGAGUUACAAAGACUUUCGCGACGAAUUCCCACACAAAUUUCCGAAGCACAACUUGGACACGUGGCUCGAGGAGAAGCUGGUCUACAACGUGGAGGAGGCGCACGGCGUGCAUCAAACGGCCGAAGGAGCCUGGGCCAAGUUUAAUGGACGGACCAGGAUGAUGAAGGGCCUGUUCAACUACGAGACUGCUUAUCGCAAGUAUACCCAACAGUGUCUGCAGGACUUCGUUAACGACAACAUCCAGUACGCCGAGAUCCGACCCAACUUUAUGCAUACGAAUCAGGUCUGGUCAACGGACGGCAAGCAGCUAUACGACAACUACGAGAUCAUGAAGAUCAUUACAGAUGAAUGCAACCGUUUCCUCGAGGAUAGGAGAAUGAUGUCAAACGCUCCAUUCUUCCAAGGAAUCAAGGUUAUUUACUGCACCCCAAGAUCUUUUCCCGACCACCUGAUCAAGGACUCUCUGGAUGAGUGUUUAGAACUCAAGCGCUCGGCUGAGAUCGGUCACAUGAUUGCUGGUUUCGAUUUCGUCGGCCAAGAGAACGCCGGAAGGCCUUUGAGGGACCAUGUAGAAAACUUACUCCAGUUCCAGGCCGAUUGUAAAAUGAAAGGCGUGGAAAUACCGUUUCUGUUCCACUGCGGAGAGACACUGGAGAUGGGGACCGACACAGACGGCAACGUCGUGGACGCGCUCCUGCUCGGCUCAAAGCGGAUCGGGCACGGAUUCUCACUUUCGA